CGGCUUGCCGGUGUCUGAUUCUCCAGUUCCCACCUCACCGCCCGUCCCCCCCAAAUAUCCUCCGUCACUUUUCAUCACCACUCGAUCUUCUGUACACCAACAAAGCCUGAACCGUCACCGAGAUUGACGACACCAUGAAACCCACGGAGUCAAAGCUGGAGCGGGCAGCGGCCGAGUUGGAGACCGCCGGCAGCCCUGAGAAGGAGCUCCACGAUGCCGCCGUGACCGGGAAGAUGGACGCUAUCAACGAGCAGAUGGCCCUGGACGGCACACUCGCCGAGCGCGAGCUCACCACGUGGAAGGCGCUGGUCAAGCACCGCAAGGCCGCGGCCUGGUCGAUGCUCGUGUCCAUGUCCAUCAUCAUGCGCGCCUACGACAUUGAGAUUACCGGCAAUUUCUUCGCCCUCCCCGCCUUCCGGGAACAUUUCGGCAGCGAGGUCCCCGGCCACGGACACCAGAUCCCGACCGAGUGGCAGGUGGCCAUGUCCAUGGGCCCCAUCGUCGGCCAGGUCGUCGGUGCCUGGGCCGUCGCCGUGCCGAUGGACCGCUUUGGCCGGAAGAAGACGUUAGCUGCGUACUUGCUCGUGACCACUGCUCUGGUGUUCAUGCAGGUCUUCGCGCCCAACAGAACGGUCCUAACCGUGUCCAUGUAUCUCAGCGGACUGAUCUGGGGAGGCUACCACGUGCUGGCCCCGACGUACGCGUCCGAAGUCCUCCCAAUGCGCCUCCGCGGGUGGUUUACCGGCUACGUCAGCCUGUGCUAUGUCAUCGGCCAGUUCCUGCAGACCGGCAUCACCCGCGGUCUUGUCAAUUGGAAAUCCAUCUGGGCGUAUAAGAUCCCUUACGCGAUUCAGUGGGUGUGGCCCGCCGUCAUCCUCUUGGGACUCUACUGGGCUCCCGAAUCGCCCUGGUGGCUGAUCCGACAAAAUCGCAUGGAAGAUGCCAAGAAGGCACUCGACGGGCUAUCCAACAAGAAGUCGCAUCCCGAGAACGCCAACAUCCUCGCCAUGAUGGUCAGAACAGAUCAGUACGAGCGGGAGCUGGAGCUUGGCGCAACAUACAAGGAUGUGUUCAGGCGUUCUAAUCUGCGCCGCCUCGAGAUCUGCGCCAUGACCUUCGUCGUCCAGAAUUUCUCGGGGAACUCUCCUGGGUUCGCCACGUACCUAUUCGAACAAGUCGGGUUGAGCACGGAGAACGCGUUCAACAUGGGCAUCGGGUUGAACGGCGUCGGCUUCAUCGGUGUCGUCGCCAGCGGCUUCACGGUCCAGUGGCUGGGGCGCCGACGGAGCUGGAUGAUCGGCAUCUUGUACUGCCUCCCCGUGCUGUGGGUCGUGGGAUUUCUGUGUCUGGCCCCAGACUACAAGGUUAACCCAGCGUACUCCUGGGCGCAGGCCACGCUGCUCAUCACCAUGCAACUCGUCUACUCCCUCACGCUCAGCCCCCUUGCCUUUAUCAUCUCGUCCGAGACUCCUUCCACAAGGUUACGUGCCAAGACGCUCUCGCUCACUGCCACCAUUAACGGUGCAACCUACCUCGUCAUUACAGUUGCUGGGCCAUAUUUCCUGAAUCCCGGCGCCACCAAUGCGGGGGCCAAGAUCGAGUUCUUGUGGGGCGGACUUACCCUGUUAAACACCAUCUGGAGCUAUUAUAGACUUCCUGAGACUGGUGACAGAACAUACGAAGAACUGGAUAUCCUCUUUGCACGCGGCGUGCCUGCGAGGGAAUUUAAGGACUAUGUAAUUACGGAUGAGGAUCGUGCAGAAGCCAAAAACUGA